GCUGUGAUUGGCUGAUGAAACGUCGUUUCAGGAACUAGUGCAUGGAAUUAAACUUCUGCCGUCUGCCGACUGAAAAUCCGCACGACCAAUCUGCUGUUUAGAUUUUUCUCUGAAAGUGCUGUGAUGGCUGGAAGAAGAGUUGUUGUCUUUCCCUCCUCGGCAGAGCUGGGUCCAGUGUUGGCCCACCUGGUGACCUCACGGGCCGAGAAGGCCAUCGCCUCUCACGGCAGGUUCGCCCUGGGUCUCUCUGGAGGAAGCCUUGUGUCAAUGCUCAGCAAAGAGCUGCUAGCUCUGCCCCAGCUGGACUGCAGCAAGUGGGUCGUUGGCUUCUGCGAUGAGAGGCUGGUUUCUUUCACUGAUCCAGAAAGCACAUAUGGGCUUUACAAGAGUCAGCUGUUUUCCAAGAUAAACAUCCCGAAUAGUGGAAUCUUAACCAUCGACCCCUCUCUGCCGGUGACUGAGUGUGCAGAAGAUUACACCCGUAAACUGAAAGAGGCCUUCCCAGGAGAAGACAUUCCUGUAUUUGACCUUCUACUGCUGGGUAUGGGACCUGAUGGACACACAUGCUCUCUAUUCCCAGAUCAUCCGCUGCUGGAGGAAACAAAGAUGAUUGUGGCUCCUAUCAGUGAUUCUCCCAAACCGCCACCACAGCGCGUCACAAUGACUUUCCCAGUGGUGAACUCUGCACGCUGCGUGGCCUUCGUCUCAACAGGUGGAAGCAAAGCUACUGUUUUAAAGGACGUUCUGGAGGGUGGAAAAGCUUCACCGUAUCCAGCAGCUCGUGUUGUCCCAACCAGCGGUGAACUGUUUUGGCUCAUUGAUGACCCUGCAGCCGCUGCCUUGACUGUUCAGGUUGAAAGGCCAGGUGCAGGAGCCAAACUGUAAAGCUCGCAGUCUGAUGAUGAACCAGGACAUCGACACUGCUUACAAGCAAAUACAGCUUGUUACAUUACUGUAUUGAUGAAAUUCUGAUUUAGGAUACAUAGAUUAUCAAUCAUAAAAGGCAUAAAUUUGUAACUUAGCACAUUCUGGAUAUUUGCAUUUGUGUUUCUUACUGUAUAAAUGUCAUGUGGAUUGGGAAA